AGGGGCAAAAGUAAAACAUUUACCAUUAACACCAUAUAAAUUGUUCUAGGGUUUCUUGAGUGGAUCAAGCAGUAGGGUUUGAAUCGAUCUGCUGCGCAGCCUUAAAUCUCACCAGUUUUCUCUUCAUUCACUCACCAUCCAACAAUGGCUGUCGGCAAGAACAAGAGGAUUUCCAAAGGAAAGAAGGGUGGGAAGAAGAAAGCAGCUGAUCCGUUUUCGAAGAAGGAUUGGUAUGAUAUCAAAGCUCCAUCACUGUUUAGCACUAGAAAUGUUGGCAAAACUCUUGUCACACGUACUCAGGGUACCAAGAUUGCUUCAGAAGGUCUCAAACAUCGUGUGUUUGAAGUAUCCUUAGCUGACCUUCAAAACGACGAGGAUCACGCCUACAGAAAAAUCCGUUUGAGAGCGGAGGACGUUCAAGGAAAGAACGUCUUGACCAAUUUCUGGGGCAUGGACUUCACCACCGACAAAUUGAGAUCGCUCGUGAAGAAAUGGCAGUCUUUGAUCGAGGCCCAUGUUGACGUGAAAACUACCGACAACUACACUUUGAGAAUGUUCUGCAUCGGCUUUACCAAGAAGCGUGCCAACCAAGUGAAAAGAACUUGCUAUGCACAAUCUAGUCAGAUUCGACAGAUUCGUCGCAAGAUGAGGGAGAUAAUGGUCACACAGGCACAAUCUUGCGACCUAAAAGAGCUGGUACAAAAGUUCAUUCCCGAGUCAAUUGGAAGAGAAAUCGAGAAGGCUACAUCUAGCAUCUACCCUCUACAAAACGUCUUCAUUCGCAAGGUUAAGAUCUUGAAGGCACCAAAGUUCGACAUUGGCAAAUUAAUGGAGGUUCAUGGCGAUUAUUCAGAAGAUGUCGGUGUAAAGAUGGAGAGACCUGCAGAGGAAGCGGUGCAAGAAACAACUGAGGUUAUCGGUGCCUGAAAUAAGAGUUAUGUAGCUCGUCGGUUUUCUUAAUCCUGGACAUGAAUCUUGGUUCUGUUUAUUCGGAGAAUAGUGAUGAGUUUUCGUUACAAGUUUGUGGGAUUUUGUAGCAGUUAUGUAUUUUGUGGAUUUUUGCAUAUUUGAAGCUUUAUUCAUGCUUUUUGACUAGAAAGUUUUUGCAGUUUGUUGAGACUAGCUCUGUUUGGUUUUA